UUCCAGUUCAUCUGCCUCCAGACUGCCCACAUGAACUUUUAUUCAAUUCAGUCAAUAACAUUCUUCGCAGGUGCUAAUAUCGUUCGAGAUGAAGUUCACGUUCUUGUACCUUGCCUUGGGCUACCUUGCCAUCAGCACGGAUCGCUCUAAUGGUCAGUUGUUAACGACUUUUAACACCCCGCGAUGGGACCCCCGUGGGUCAACCACUAAAGUAGACGUCGGGGAGAGGCUGAUUCUCACCCCCUUCAUUGAAUCCGGGAAUAUAGUACAAGCUCGACAGUUAGCCCGUGUGAAUAGUGACUUGUUUUUUAAUGUGACCAGCUACUCGGGCUUCUUGACAGUCAACGAGGAGAAAAAUUCCAAUUUAUUCUUCUGGUUCUUCCCUGCUAAGGGAACUGAAUCACUGUACGAUGCCGAUUUCGAUUACGAUGGGGAAGAUGAAGACACCGAUUACGACCAUCCAUAUCUCAAGAAGUUGAUGAAAAGACCGAAGGUGCAAGACAUGACAAGGUCAGAUGACGCGAAACCUGUUGUUCUCUGGCUGCAAGGCGGACCUGGGAGCUCCUCACUGUUUGGAUUAUUCACGGAGAACGGACCAUUCUUGAUUAAUGACGAUUUCGCUUCAAUCAGAGAAAACCCAUACUCUUGGCACACAAAAUAUUCAAUGCUUUACAUCGACAAUCCAGUGGGGACCGGGUUCAGUUUUACCAGAUCCGACGGCUAUGCAACAAAUGUUACCCAAAUUUCCAAACAACUUUACUCAGCUUUAACUCAAUUCUUCGAUAUGUUUCCUUUGCUCCAACCAAAUGAGUUUUUCAUCGCUGGGGAAUCUUACGCUGGUAAGUAUAUCCCUGCGUUGGGCUAUGAAAUCUAUAUACAGAACCGAGGAGGAAGACGAAUCAUUAAUUUGCAAGGGAUUGCAUUGGGCAAUGCACUUUCUGAUCCUUACAAUAUGAACGACUAUUCCGACUUUGCCUACCAGACAGGCUUGGUUGGAUACUUGGGAUACACUGAAAUGAGGAUUUUCGAAUCAUUGUUCAAAACCCAUUAUGAUACAGAGUAUGCAAAAUCGUUUUGGGACGCGACCCUUCAUUCCUUCGUCCGCCAUAGUCAAUACAGAAACCUCUACAACAUUCGGGAUCCUUAUCCCGUAAACUUAACAAUUUUCCGGACAUUCGUUGAAUUGCCAGAGGUUCGAAGAGCGAUUCACGUGGGAAAUCAAAAAUUCUCGGAUCCUUCAGUGGUAGGCGUGUACCUGCAGCCUGAUUUCUUCAACACAGCCAUGCAUUGGACUGAGCGACUACUGGAUGCCGGUUUGAGGGUCAUGUACUACAGCGGCAAUUUAGACUUCAUAAUAGCACACCCACUCUCCCAAAAUGCUUUCCACCAGAUGCGUUGGAAAGGAGCUUCUAAAUAUCGAAUAGCCGAACGAACGCCAUUCGUAAUUGAUGGAAAGCUGAAGGGUUACAUAACGGAGGUUGAUAAUUUUGUUGAUGCAACAAUAUUGAACGCUGGUCAUAUGGCGCCAACAGAUCAACCAGAAGCAUGUCUAGAACUGGUCGACCGUUUUAUUAGACAUAGUUUAUGAAAGGAAUAAAUCAUACUGAGCA